AUGCUGUUAUCACCUUCAACUUGGAGUUGGUCAAACAGAUCCAGUAAAGAGGAAACAAAAUUUCACAAAGGAAUUCAACACGGAGAAGUUGCAAUUGUUCAUAAUGAUCUUUACUCCGUUUACAAUGAGUUAGAGAAGCAGAGAGCUCCAAACGGCGAGAGAAUCAAGACUUCAGAAUCUUUCACGCAAAUUGAUCCCUCAGUUCUCGCAAAUAUCUGUUAA